UGCAAUAUCAAAAGCUUGGAAGCUACACUUAUUGCGCGAUAAUCUCCACCCUUCCAAUUUGUCUACCAGUGUGCCUCCUCUGGAUGUACAUGGACAAAUUAUUAGUGCUCAUAGGCCAAGACCCCCAAGCUGCAGUGGUAGCUUGUAGAUACUCAAUGUGGCUCAUACCUGCACUAUUUGCCUAUGCCAUUCUUCAAUCACAAGUUCGUUUCUUUCAAUCCCAGAACUUGGUUCUUCCAAUGUUGUUCAUCUCGCUUGCAACUCUGUGUUUCCAUGUACCUGUUUGUUGGGUUUUGGUAUUUAAAUCCGGAUUAGGAAAUACAGGAGCGGCAAUGGCUAUAAGUUUCUCUUACUGGUACAAUGUGAUCUUGCUUGGAUUAUACAUGAGAUACUCAUCAUCAUGUGAGAAAACCCGCAUUCUCUACCUGAAUGAUGUUAUCUUGAGUGUCAAGGAGUUUUUUCAAUUCGCAAUUCCUUCUGCUGUAAUGGCUUGGUAACUCAGUCUUACCUAGUAACAGGAACAUGAUCCUUUUGAUUUCUCCUUUAUCAAGUUUUUUGUUUAUUCCUAAUAUGUUCCUUUCUUGUCAACAUAUGCAGUCUUGAAUGGUGGUCUUUCGAGAUUCUUGUAUUAAUGUCUGGUCUUCUACCAAAUUCAAAACUUGAAACCUCUGUUCUUUCCAUAUGCCUUUCAAGCACAUCAUUGCAUUACAACGUACCAUUUGGCAUCAGUGUAGCUGCAAGUACACGAAUUGCAAAUGAAUUAGGAGCUGGAAAUCCACUGACAGCUCAGAUAAAUUCAUUCAUUGUAGUGGCUUUAACGGUUGUGGAAACAGUCAUAGCCAGCACUAUACUUUUCUGUUGCCGCCAUAUUUUCGGAUAUGCUUACAGCAAUGAGAAGGAUGUUGUAAAUAAAGUCACAGAAAUAGUUCCCCUGAUGUGCCUUUCAAUUAUUACGGAUGGUUUACAUGCAGUAGCUUGCGGGAUCGUCAGAGGAAUUGGCUGGCAACAUAUUGGAGCCUAUGCUAAUCUUGCGGCAUAUUAUCUCAUUGGAAUUCCUGCAGGGGUUUUAUGUGGUUUUGUUUUGCACCUAAGGGGACAAGGACUCUGGGUUGGAAUGUUGACAGGGUCUAGCGUACAAGGGAUUCUUCUUGCUUUUGUGAUCGCUUUUACAAAUUGGAAGAAACAGGCAAUCGGGGCAAGGGAGAGAGUAUUCCAGGGAACAUAUGCUGAGAAUGGAUUGUACUGAAGAAGCUAUAAAGUAGGCUGGGGCUGAGAGCGCUGAGCGCUGAGGGAUACUUGCACCGUUCCAAUCCAAACAAUUCAUUCGUCGUUUUGCCUGAGGCAACCAUUUGUGCCAUUUUCUGAUAUAUAAAAUAAGCAGUCUAUCCUGGUUCUGGAAUGCAGAAAUUCUGCGUCAAUCGCAGGCAGACUUUUGGCUACACCCCUGUUUGUUUGUCUCUCGAAGUGAUUACGCUGUCCAUUGAAAUCAUUGCAGUGGUGAUUGGCAUUUGCAAAUCAUGUCUCUGUCUACAUUUUUCACAUGAUGAUGCAAUGCAAUUAAAAAAGUGUCAUGCUUUAGA